AUGUUCGGAGUUUUGACUCUUGUGUUAGUAUUCAUUACAUCCACGACGGAUGGGCUAACAGUUGACUGUGACACAUUCAAUCCUGCGAUCUGUACCCCAGAUGCCAACCGGUACUGCUUCUCAGAUGGGACAGUCGUAAUAUCAGAUUGUACAGCUAAACAGAAACUAUGCGACAAAAGUGACACUUCGACUAUUGAUGAGACUUGGAAUGCCUGCCGAACAACAGAAUCGUCCACAACAACAACAGCAACAACAGCCACAACAUAUGGAGGUGGUAGCGGUGGUGGUGAAACUACGACUGCAUGCAGGUCGGCAAUAGCGUUUAUGUGGAUAUUCGGAUACCUGAUCACCAUUUUUACUACGUAGGAAAUAUUACAAUAACCACAUCCGUGUCACAUACGUGUGUUGGACUGCUUACCGUGUUUGGUUUUGUUUUUGUCUGUAGAUUUAAUCUGCUCGUAAAGUAUUUUUAGAACAUGUUUCUUCUUUCUGUUUGAGUGCAGGAUGUGUAGGUGAAAACUUACGCAAUGAUUGCUGAA